AUGUCGCUCAUAAAUAUUGGCAUGACUACAGAUAUGUGGACGGAUGAUUUCCGUAAAAUGAGCUACAUGGCUAUCACGUGUCACUAUGUAACACCAACAUUUAAACUCAAGCGCAAGCUACUCACCACAACAUGCUUCCCAAACCACGCGAGAACAGGAGAUCAUAUCCGAAAAGCGCUUCAGCAGCAGCUGGUCACAGUCCUCGGCCUUGAUGCAUGCGUUAUGAACAACGUUGUCUGGGUCAGCGACCAGGACGCAAGCGUGCUGGCUGCUCUCCGUCCAUACAGGCACCUGGCUUGUCAAGUUCACCUGUACAACACAGUCCUCCGACAUGCCCUAAACACCGAUGAGCUGGCUGAAGUGGUCCCAGAGGUAGCGGAGACCCUGUUGGCGGUCAAGGCUUUAGUUCGCUACCUGAAACAGUCAGGCCUCGCCUCUCAGCUGCCAACAACCGUCAAACAAAUGGCAGAGACUAGAUACAACACAGUCUUCCUCACACUGGAGUUAAUUCAGUCCGUCCACGCAGAGCUGCAGGAGCUUCUUCAGAGCCGCGACGAGAGCGCACGAUUGCGCAAUGUCUCCCCAGAUGUUCUCGCCUUCCUUGUGGAGUUUCUGCGCCCAUUUAACGACGCGCAAAAGGAACUAGAAGGAGACAAACACCCGACGCUUCACCUCGCUGUUCUCUGGGCCAACAAGCUGAAAAGCCACUGCCAGCCGGACGUGGCUGAUACUCCCUCCCAGGCUGUCAUCCGCCAGCGGCACCUCGACUGGUUAACAAAAACAAUCGAAAUCCAGCCACUUCAUAAAAUUGCCAUUUUUUUAUGGCCAAAGUUCAACCAACUGCGGAUGUUUACUCCCGCUGAGAGGACCGACAUCCAGCAACACGUGAGAAUCCUGAUAAACCGCUUCAGAGAGGGGGAGGUUGCUGCAGCGCGUUGGCAGGAGCAUACAGGACAAUCAGAUGUUUCAAGCGCAGCAGCUGCUGGUCCUGCGCCAAAGAGGAGAGCGCUGGAAGAGGUUGAGAAGGCGUGGGAAAACGUCAGAGAGGAGAGUGAGGAUGCUGAUGAAGUCCAGUUCUACCUCAGCCUCAACCCCACCAUGGAAGCUGAUGGAAGGGAUCUUCUGAGCUGGUGGAAGCAACACGAGACCACAUUUCCUUUACUGGCACGUCUAGCCCGCAUGGUCUUCAGUGUCCCGGCCAGCAGAAGCAGCAGCGAGCGCGCUUUUAGCGCAGCUGGAAGAGCGAUAGGGGAAAGGAGGACUGGACUUGCCCCUGAAACUGUGGAUGCCAUUCUUUUCCUGCACGAUGCCAAAUAAACUGUUCCUCUUGUUGUGUUCAGAAAAUGGAGGACUUUUGCCAUGUUAAACCGGAUAUAGGCUGUUCUUAAAGGCUUGUUCUUAUCAUUUUAUUGCCAUGUUCAUUUAUGCCAUUAAAAGCUCAGUUAAGGUC